AUGCCUAUCUUUCAACCUCUGUUUUCACUUUUCAUACUCUUUGUUAUAAUCCCUUAUUGUUUCUCCCUCAACCCACAAGGUGAAGCUCUUCUUUCAUGGCGAAAAACCUUAAAAGGGCCACAUUUGGAGGUUUUAAUCAGCUGGGAUGAUUCAAGUUAUUCAACUAAUGAAACUCCUUGUGGGUGGUUUGGUGUCACUUGUGAUGUUAACAACAAUGUUGUUGAAUUGAGUUUGAGUAACAUAGACUUACAUGGAAGUAUUCCUUCUAACUUUAGCUCAUUGUUAACUCUACAAAAGCUUGUGCUAUCGGGAACGAAUCUUACCGGUUCAAUCCCGAAAGCAAUCGGGUCGCUACAAUACCUAAGUUACUUGGAUUUGAGUGACAAUGGGUUAACCGGUGAAAUCCCUAAAGAGAUUUGUAAUCUUAACAAACUCGUUGAGCUUUACAUCAACACGAACAGGCUCCAAGGUCCGGUUCCCGAUAACAUUGGGAACCUCAAGAGUCUGGUCGUGUUGACAUGCUACGAUAAUCAACUCAACGGAAGCAUUCCGGGUACCAUAAGCGAGUUAAAGAAGCUUCAAGUCAUAAGACUUGGUGGAAACAAAAACAUUGAAGGCCCAUUGCCAAAACAAAUUGGCAAUUGUACUAGUUUAGUAGUAUUGGGGCUUGCAGAAACAAGCUUAUCAGGUUUUCUCCCUACAACAAUUGGUUAUCUCAAAAACCUUCAAACCCUUGCCAUUUACACCACCUUACUUUCCGGCCAAAUUCCGGAACAAAUCGGCAACUGCACCGACCUCCAAAACGUCUACUUAUACGAGAACUCACUUUCAGGCUCAAUCCCGAAUUCGUUGGGCAGUUUAAAAAAACUAAACAAUCUGUUGCUGUGGAAUAACAAACUAGUUGGAGCUAUUCCACAUGAGCUUGGAAACUGCAUGCAGCUAGUUGUAAUUGACAUUUCGAUGAACGCGUUAACCGGAGUCAUUCCUGUGACGUUCGGGAAACUGGGCUCGUUACAGGAACUUCAACUGAGCAUGAACCGGAUAUCCGGUUCGAUACCAAUUCAGAUACAAAACUGCACAAGUCUCACCCACAUUGAACUCGACAACAAUCAAAUCACUGGAACUAUUCCUUCUGUAAUCGGAACAUUCGAAAACCUCACUCUCUUAUACUUAUGGCAGAAUCAUCUUCAAGGUGCAAUACCUACUUCCAUAUCGAAUUGUCAAAAGCUAGAAUCAAUUGAUUUGUCGCAGAAUUCGUUAACAGGAUCGAUCCCGAAAGAUCUGUUUAAUCUCCAGAAUCUGAACAAGUUGUUAUUAAUAGAAAAUGAACUCUCAGGCCAAAUACCCCCAGAGAUCGGUAACUGCACGUCAUUGAUCCGGUUUCGUGUUAACGAUAAUCAAUUGAUUGGAUCCAUUCCGCCUCAGAUCGGCAGGUUAAGGAAUUUAAACUUCCUUGAUCUCGGAUCCAACGGGUUAACCAGAUUCAUUCCAGUAGAGAUAUCUGGUUGCAUGAAUUUGACAUUUCUAGACUUGCAUUCUAAUUCGAUAACUGGAACAUUACCAGAGAGUUUAAACAAUAUUGUGUCCCUCCAGCUUGUUGAUGUCUCUGAUAAUCAAAUCGAAGGUACAUUGAGCUUUACCAUCAAAUCAUUGAUAUCACUGAACAAGCUUGUGUUACGAAAGAACCGCUUUUCUGGUGAAAUUCCACUGGAAAUCGGUUUGUGUAUAAACUUACAGUUACUUGAUUUAAGCAACAACGAGUUCUUUGGAGCGAUUCCAGCGAGUUUAGGCAAACUUCCUGCAUUGGAGAUUGCUUUAAAUCUCAGCUGUAACAAACUCUCUGGCGAGAUACCGGUGGAGUUUGCCGCUCUAGAUAAACUAGCUGUUUUGGAUCUCUCUUACAACAAACUUUCAGGAGACCUUCAAAAUCUCGUUGGUCUCGAAAAUCUCGUGGUUGUUAAUAUAUCGCACAACGAUUUCAAAGGUCACGUGCCAGACACGCCUUUUUUCUCGAAGUUACCGCCAAGUGUCUUGUCUAACAACCCUUUGUUGUGUUUGGCGGGUGACGUGUGCGCCGCCGACAAGGGCGGCGCUUCCAGACGGAGCAAGGGUGCUAAGGUGGCGAUGGCGGUGCUUAUAAGUGUUGCGUGUAUUCUCGUUCUAUCUGCGCUCUACAUCUUACUCGCGGGAAAUACACGUGCUAGUGGUGAGGGUGGGUUAGAUGAUGCUGACGUGGAAAUGGGGCCACCAUGGGAGAUCACUUUAUACCAAAAACUUGACUUGUCAAUUGGUGACGUGGCAAGAUCUCUGACGCCUGACAAUGUGGUGGGCCGGGGUCGAUCUGGUGUUGUGUAUCGGGUAAAUGUUUCGUCAGGGUUUCCGAUCGCGGUGAAAAGAUUCCAGUUAUCGGAUAACUAUUCUGCCUCGGCUUUCUCAUCGGAAAUCGCCACUCUUGCGUGUAUUCGCCACCGGAAUAUUGUUCGUUUGUUGGGUUGGGCUUCAAAUGGGAAAAACAAAUUGUUGUUUUAUGACUUUUUACCAAAUGGUACACUAGGUACAUUGUUACAUGAAGGUAAUGUCGAGGUCAUUGAGUGGGAAACAAGGUUUAAGAUUGGUUUGGGAGUAGCGGAAGGCUUAGCCUAUUUACACCACGACUGUGUGCCGCCAAUCCUCCAUCGGGAUGUAAAGGCGGAUAACAUAUUAUUAGGUGAUCGGAAUGAUGCCUGUUUGGCGGAUUUCGGGCUUGCAAGAUUGGCGGAAAAUGACAACACUUCAUUUUCGGUGAAACCUCAAUUUGGUGGCACAUACGGUUACAUGGCUCCAGAAUAUGCUAGCAUGUUGAAAAUUACAGAAAAGAGUGACGUUUAUAGUUAUGGGGUGGUCUUGUUAGAGAUAAUGACCCGAAAAAAACCAGUUGACGAGUCAUUUUCUGAAGGACUACAUGUUAUCCAAUGGGUUCGCAAUCACCUCAAGAAUAAGAAAGACCCGGUACAAAUUAUAGAUCGAAAGCUACAUGGUAAUCCUGAUACAGAGAUCCAAGAAAUGUUACAAGCAUUAGGAAUUGCCCUCUUGUGUACUAGUAACCGGCCCGAAGACCGUCCCACAAUGAAAGAAGUGGUGGCAUUAUUAAGAGAGAUUAGACACGAGGCUACGACAACUAAAGAACCCAGUAAAGAGACCAACGAUCCAUCAAAAGAAGAUUCAAACGUUUUUGGUUUGUAUUUGUCAUCGUCGGUUAACUCGGCUCGGUUAGGCGGUGAAGGUUCAUCAAAUUGCUCCCUUGCUUACUCAUCCUUAUAAUCCGGAUUCGUAAGAAAUUGGGACAAUAGA